AUGGCGGUGGCCGGGCUCCAGGUGUGGAAGGCUUUGCAGCCUGGGGUCUGGGCCCUUCGAGGCCUCUCUACAGCUGUAUCUUCCGCCGCUCUAACACCGAGGGCACGACCGCAUUGGAAAAUCCCUAAUUUCCUACAUUUGACUCCUGUAGCAAUUAAAAGACAUUGUGAAGCUCUUAAAGAUUUCUGCACUGAGUGGCCUGCUGCACUGGACAGUGAUGAGAAAUGUGAGAAGCAUUUUCCAAUUGAAAUUGACACAGCUGAUUAUGUUUCCUCAGGACCAUCUGUUCGAAAUCCUAAAGCUCGAAUAGUAACCUUAAGGGUUAAACUUUCCAGUCUGAAUUUAGAUGAUCAUGCAAAGAAGAAGCUUAUUAAACUCGCGGGAGAGCGAUACUGCAAGACUACAGAUGUGCUUACCAUCAAAACAGAGAGGUGCCCUUUAAAGAGACAGAAUUAUGAUUAUGCAGUGUAUCUACUAACAGUUUUGUACCAUGAAUCUUGGAAAACUGAAGAAUGGGAGAAAAAUAAGACUGAAGCAGACAUGGAGGAAUAUAUUUGGAAUAAUAGUUCUUCAGAAAAAAAUGCCUUGGAGACACUUCUUCAAAUUAAAGCUGCUGAUAAAAAUAUGAAAGUAAAUAAAGAAGAGCUCCUUGGUACUAAAGAAGUUGAAGAUUACAAAAAGUCUGUUGUCUGUCUUAAGAACGAAGGGGAAGAUGAAAAUACCAUUUCUCAGUAUAAAGAAUCAGUGAAGAGACUAUUGAAUUUGUCAUGA